AUGCGCCCUGGCCUGGAACCUUUUUGUUCUCUCUCUCUGCCCUCUUCAGCCUCUCUCUUUUCCAAGCCACCGUCUUCUCCCGCAUUCAUUCCACCCGCCCCCUCGUUCUCACCCCCCUCCUCGCUCUUUUCGCGGUCCGCUUUGCGCCAUCCAACUUCGCCCGCUGCCCCUCCCGGCCCUUGCCCACCCCAUUGA